UCGCCCUCUUUCGCCACCCUUCCGUGCCGUUCGGAUACCACCACUGCAACCACCCCACCUCACCUCCCCGCCGCCGCGACGCCCAAACCCUAACCAGGCUCGCGAGGGAAGCCGCGCGCAAAGGCACGCAGCGAUGGAAGGCGGCGGCCGCAAGCGGGGCGGCGCCAACGGCGCAUCUACCGGCGGGAAGCGAGCGCGAGAAUCGGAGUCAAUUCAAACCGGUGUAGGAAGCAAAUCGAAGCCAUGCACCAAAUUUUUCAGUACCGCUGGUUGCCCCUUUGGUGAGGGUUGCCAUUUCCUCCACAACUUCCCUGGAGGACACCAGGCUGUUGCAAAGAUGAGCAACCUGGGUGGCACAACAUUUGCACAUCCUCCAGGAAGAAUGCCAACGGGACCUGCUGGUCCUGAUGCCCCCCCUACACCAACUAUCAAGACUCGCUUGUGCAACAAGUACAAUACUGCAGAGGGUUGCAAAUGGGGUGACAAGUGUCACUUUGCACAUGGUGAGAGGGAGCUCGGCAAGCAUACGUUCAUUGACAGUUCAAUUCCACCCCACAUGGGACCAAGGCCCACCAGUCACUUUGCACCUCCGGCAAUGCCCAACCCUGGCAUGGUCACUCCAGCAAGCUUUGGGGCUUCUGCCACAGCCAAGAUCAGUGUUGAUGGAUCCCUUGCAGGUGCCAUCAUCGGCAGAGGUGGAAUCAACACAAAGCAGAUAUCCCGAGUCACUGGGGCCAAACUGGCCAUCCGGGAUCAUGAAUCAGAUGAUAGCUUGAAAAAUAUUGAGCUUGAAGGUACAUUUGACCAGAUCAAGAAUGCUAGUGCUAUGGUCACAGAUUUGAUUGUCAGCAUCAGUGGCAGCAAUGCUCUUCCACCUGGCAAGAACCCAGCUGCAGUAUCUCACCGUGGUGGAGGGCCAGGUGGCAACUUCAAGACCAAGCUGUGUGAGAACUUCACCAAAGGAUCAUGCACUUUUGGUGACAGAUGCCACUUUGCGCAUGGAGAAAAUGAGCUGCGCAAGUCGGCUGCUGUGUGAGGUCCAUCCAUCCAGGUUUGUCGCAAUGAGUCAAUGUAACUCUGGACUUGGAGCUGACGAUGAAUUUUCUGACUGUCCUUGGACUUAUGCCAUGGAUUUUAUGGAUUUCAUAUAGCAUCUUAUUUCUCAGCCUGUUCUGUUAACCUGUGUUUUUACUGUAGUCGAUUCUUCUUCGGCUAAUGUUGCUGAGUGCUGAUUGUCUUGCGGCGGUAUUUUGGAUGUCUAGAACUUUGUCUCUUUGAAA